AGUGCUUCUGUAACGUUCCGUGUACUGCCUCCAGUGUAAAAUAUUUAUUUAAUUUAAAAUUUUCAUUAAACUGUUAUACGAAUAUUCAAGUCAGUAAUAAUAAAUAUUAAAAGCAUGGGUGAUUCUAAGAAGAUUAAGAUUGGCAUAAUUGGAGGGUCAGGCUUUGAUGAACCAGGAUUAUUUGAAAACCCCGUGGAACGCGUUGUUUCUACGCCCUUCGGCAACCCUUCAGAUGUUUUACUUGAAGGAGUUAUUAAGGGAGUUCCGUGUGUAAUUUUGGCAAGACAUGGACGGAAACAUCAGUUUCAACCAAGUGACGUGAAUUACCGUGCGAAUAUUUGGGCUUUGAAGGAAGUGGGGUGUACUCACGUGUUGGCAACUACGGCCACCGGCAGUCUGCACGAGGAUUAUCAGCCCGGCUCGCUGGUUAUCGUAGAUGACUUUAUUGAUCGGACUUGGGGUAGAAAAUGUACUUUUUACGAUCGAACCGAAGGUGGGCCCAAAGGCGUCUGCCACCUUCCAAUGAGCCCUGCUUUUUGUGAAGUAGCUCGCAGUGCUCUAUCAACCGCCGCACGAGCACGGAAUUAUUUAUGUCACCACAAGGGAACUGUUGUUACUAUACAGGGACCAAGAUUUUCAAGCCGUGCUGAGAGUCUUAUGCAUCGUCAGUGGGGAGGUCAUCUGGUCAAUAUGACAACAGUCCCAGAGGUUGUGUUAGCCAAAGAAGCUGGUUUGAGUUAUGCUGCGGUUGCUCUUGUCACAGAUUAUGACUGUUGGAGGGAUAACGAAAAAUCGGUAUGUGUUAGUGACGUCCUAGAGGCAUUCGCUAAGAACGUCAAGAAAGCGGCUGACGUGAUAGUGGACGCUAUUCAAAUACUUGCUGCUUCCACCGACCAUCCCUAUUUAGCAGCACAUAAGGAAUUGGUGACAUCCGCCAUAAUGCUAAAGGAAUGACGUUGAAUCCAUAAAAGUAAAAAAUAUUAUCACAGUUGUUUGUUUUUUCUUGUAAUAAACGUAAAAAUGUUA